AAACGCCCCUUCUUUGGUCUUCUACUCCCUCUUUCUAUAUAAAUCAGAGCAGCUCAGAUCAACAAGUUACUUAUCAUUCAAACAUCAAUCGAGUUCUAGUGAGAGAAAGAUACAUUACGAUUACAAAACAGAGAUGAGUUCGGUAAGCAGAGCUUGGAUCGUUGCCGCGAGCGUCGGAGCAGUGGAGGUAUUGAAAGAUCAAGGCAUCUGUAGAUGGAAUUAUGUGUUGAGAUCGUUGCAUCAGCAUGCCAAGGGUAAUAUGAGAUCCUUCUCACAAGCUAAAAAGGCUUCUUCUUCUUCUCCGGCGACUUCUUCAAUUUUGAAAACGGCUAAGAAGGUUGGUGACGAGAAAUUGAAGCAGUCGGAGGAGUCGCUCAGAAAAGUUAUGUACCUGAGCUGCUGGGGUCCCAACUGAAACCCUGUAUCCAGGGUAGUGCCGGCGGAGGCGUUUUAUGUAGAAUUGUAAAUACUAUACUACAAAAAUUGUUUGUGGAAUGAGAUGAAAUAUAAGUUUUGUGGCAUACCUUUUUUUGUCUCUGCCAUUUUUGGGUUCA